UACAUCAUGUGCGUUUUGUAAUCAUCGGUUGGGAGUUGUAGACAGUGAGUUUUAGUAGGUUUAAAAGGGCUGUUUUUGUUCAACAGAGAUGUUUUCCAAAGUGCGAGUGGCCGUGGGUUUGAUCAGGGCUUCCAGCUGCGUAAACUCAAGGGCUUUAGUGGCUCCUUCUUUCUGCAAACAGCAGCAUCAGACCUUCAGCUCCGGCUCUGCAGCUGUCAGGGUUUUGUACGAUGGACUCUGUCCCGUAUGUGUGACAGAGAUCCGGUUCCUCCAGUUUCUGCAGAGAAACCGACCCGGGGAGGUACAUUUUAUCGAUAUCGCCAAGCCCGAUUAUGAUGGAGCGCAUUACAAGGAUGUUACCUACGAGAUGGCCAUGGAGGAAAUGCAUGUGAUCGAUGAGAAAGAUGAGGUUCACCGUGGCGUUCCGGCGUUUGCAGUCAUGUACAGCGCAGUGGGCCUCAGCUGGCUGGGCCGCGUCAUGAUGUGGUCUCCUGUGAGGCCAUUUAUGGACAAAUCAUAUGCCAUCUUUGCGAGGAACCGCCUGAAGUGGACGGGACGCGAGGAGGAGUGCACCACAGGACGCUGUGAAAAGAAAACGCCUGGACCGUCAAGUGCAGAAAACAAGUGAAUUGUCUCUAUUUAGAAAAGAGAUUAAAAAGAACAGUUUCAACCACACAGCUGUGCAGCUACAUAUUUAUCAUGAGCCCUGUUUGAGAUGUUUAAGCUUCUUUGUGGAGGGAAAUACUGUCAGACUGUGUGAUUGGUGAUGGGAUGUGAUUUUCUUACUUUUAUUCUGUUUAACAGAGGAAAACAAACUGCUCUAAAAAUGACAACAAAUGUUAAAAAAAAAAUCAAAAAUAAACCUUCAGAGGUAAAGUCAUAAUUUCCUUAAACUAAGAAAUAUAAUGGAUGUACUGACAACCUUUGAAAUCAACGCAGCUUAAAAAGCUCAUUCUGCGUGAGAGCUCUGUUUUGUUUUGCUUCCUGGGUGCUUUGAUCAGCAGUUCUGGCUCGUGUUGUCAUCUAAAAAUCCAAACAAAAGAAACUAUAGACGCAGAAUAGGACAGCGGAUAACAAAUAACUGUCAGAGAGAAAAAAAAAACUUGCAUUGCACGGCUAUUAUAUUUGGCAAAUAUAAAGUAGAGCGAUAAGACUCAAAAUCACUGGAGCAAAAUACAAUCAAUUCCCUGUCAUGCACACCAUUUCAGAUUGAGGUCCUUUCAAAAGCAGAUAAAACAACCAUAUUGUCAGGGAGCUGCCACUAGAUGUCAUCGUAAGUCUGGAAUAAUAUCAGCAGCUGGAAAGAAAUUCUUCCUCAGGAUUUGUUGCGAAAUGUCAGCAGUGAUUGUUUAGACGGCAAACAGUUGCUUUUUGCUUUUGAGACCCUCAGAAAUGUGAGCAGGAAUGAUAAAGCAGAACAGAGAUGUUCAUUUUUUUGAACCUUUAGAAACCAAAUCCAAGAAAGGCCUUUGUAUUUUCCUUUUGAAAUGAAUUUUUGAAAGUGAUUUGAACAUUGACAACCACUCGAGGAUAUUUAGGAACACCAACAAUGCAUUGCGGUGCAGAACAGCACCCGCUUGUCAAAGGUUGCCUGCUAUAGGACACUGAUGUUUCCAAAACACCGGCUUCUGUAGAUCAAAACAGGAUCAUGCCAGUUUAUAUGUCCGGUGUAAAGUACUUGUGUGGGAAAUGAUUAGACAGAAGUGUACUGUAAGUUAUAAAGGUGUUAAUAUUGUUGUGUUUAAAAGUUCAGUCGGACUGUACACUCUCUUUGGACUGGAUGUACUAUCAAGUAGCUCCAUUAUAAUCUUUUCACUGUAAUGAGGACAUGGUAACAGAACUGAUUGAAGCUUAACUUCUUACAUGUUGGUUAGGGUUAGGCCUCUUUGUAAAAAUGUCACUACUUGAUGACUGUGGAUGGAUAAAACUGUAAUAAAAUCAAUCAAAAAUGGAAUGUUAUGAUAAUCCUUCACGUGUGCUGUGUUCCUGUCAGAUGAUCAUGGUCACACUUGCUGUAUGUUUUUUUGUGUCACGUGUAUCAUGUUUUGGACGCACCUGUUGGUGACUCAGAGGCCGGUC